AUGUUGAAAGAAAAAUUUGAUUUAAAUUCUUUCUUUCAUGAACUACUCGAUAUUCCACAAUUAGAAAAAGGUGAAGCGCUAACUUUAAGUCGAUGUGUUGAACACUUCAAUCAAAUUACACGUUGGGCUAAAGGUAUGCUAUUUAUAUUGGCGCCUAAAUUAAUUGAAAAAUAUUCUACAUUGAAUUCGUCGAUUCAUCAAACAAAAUCUGUUAGUAGAAAAUCAUUAUUUGAUAAUUUUCGUAAAUGUCAUACAUCAACUUCUGAGUCAACUGUUACGAAUAAAAAAAGCCAAAAUAAAUUGAACGUUGAACGUACUGAUGAUGAUUUGCAUUCUGAUUUGGAGCUAACAAAUGAUGACCAUACGAUGAAUGAGAAUUUCGUCAAAAAAUCAAAUUCAUUACAUCGUGAUUUCAAUCUAUUAUCAACACAACAUAAACGUAUUUCAAUGAAAAAAAUUGAUUCGGUCAAUGUGAUGUUAUUGAAAAUAUGUGAAAUUCUUAAGCAUCUCAAACAACUUCAUAAUUUCAGUUCAUUUCUUGCAUUAUUAUUGGCUAUUCAAGAGUUGCCUGAAUGUCUUCUAUCGAAAAAAUCAAAACAAAUGGUUGCUAGUUUUUCAUCUUACAUGAAACCGCCAAAUUUCGGUGAGUAUCGAAAAGAUUUGGAAACAUCCGCCCUGCCAUGCCUACCUUAUUUAGGUUUGAUAUUUCAACAGUUAAUACAUUUACAUAUUGGCAAUCCGAUUCAUUUGACGAAUUCGCCGACAACACCAACAGCACCUUCGUCGUCGUUGUGUAAAAAUGAUAUGGUACAAUUUGAUAGUGAAUUCAACAAAGAACAACUACAACAUGAUUCUGCCUAUCAAGCAUUUAAACCACUUAAAAUGAUAACAGCUUCAUCGAAUCCCACUUCUAGUUAUAUGAUGAUUAAUGUUUGGAGAUGUUGGAAACAUUAUAUGAUAUUAGGUUAUUUUAUUAAACGAAAAGAAGGAUCAGUUGAAAACCUUCAUCAAUUUCCGCAUAAUCUUCAAAUUAAUCGUACAAUUAAUAAUUUUCAAGAUCAAUUCAAUGAUUCAACAUUAGAUAAAGCCAAAGAACAAUUGAUUAGUAUUGUUCAACGUUCAAAACGAAGCAUUUUAAUGAGGUGAAUUUCCAAACAGAAACAAACAAACAAUCUCUCCAAUCA